AUGACAAUGGUGAAAUCUAGUGUGUUCGAGGAAGAAGCCAUAAAAGCUUUGUAUGUUGUUUCAGUGAUUAUUAGAAACAACCUAAAUAGCCUCAAAUUGUUCUAUUCCGAAGGCGGAAACCUAAUGCUACAGGGAAUUUUGAGCAACACCAAUGCUGAUGUUAGACUACGAAGGAGAUCAGUGCCACUUGUAGCUGAUCUGGCUAAAUAUCAGGUAGAAUAUAGUAGCAAACCAGAGGUUCCUUUUUUCAGCAAUUGUGCACUGGUGAGGCUGUUGAUUGAUUUAAUAGCAUCAGUUGAAUUCUCAGAGAAUAAAAAUGUUUUCUUUAAUGUAGGAGAAUUGAGGGAAUUUUAUAGAUUUACCCCUAAAGCUGUAGUCGGAGAUUCUUUCUUGCCUGGUUUAACUGGCCAUAAUAUUUCCAAGGCUACUGUUGUAGGUUGUGUUGUUUGGACUGGUCAACAUUUGGGUCAUUUCUCACAUAUGAUCAUGGCAAUGCAGAGGUUGAAUCCUUUAUCGGUAGGUGGAGGUACAGAGUUAGAAAAAAAUUCUAGACAAGCUUCUUAG